GCUUUGCGUUGUGGGUGUUUUCUGGUACUUAAGGUGGAGUCAGCGAUGUCCGUGAGGGUCUCUGCGAAGGGGGUUUCAUGGGGUUUUGGUAGCGGAGUCACAAUGUGGAGGUCACUGGUUUGGUCGUUGUCGUCGUUGUUCUUGCUUCUUUUUGUCUUGAAUCACUCCAAUCUUCUGCAUUGUGGGUUCUCUGGGAGCUUCAGCCCCGAGCAUGGAUGCUUGAGUUCGAGAUUGACGGCUCUUUCUGGCUACUCGCUUCGAUAUCCCCAAGUGCAUCUUGCCAGAAAAGUAGGUAAUUCCCCCGAGGCAAGUGUACCGGCACCCAUGAUGGCUCAGAGCUCAAACUUGACAAGGGACCAUCGUGUUGAAGGGCCAGUGGAACAAGAAUUCACAUUUCCGGCAAAAUCUGCUCCUUUCAAUAACUGCCAUGCUUCAACCAUUGUCGAGGUUAACAAAAAUCACUUUUUGGUUGCUUAUUUUGGAGGUACACAAGAGGGGGCACCGGAUGUUAAAAUAUGGCUGCAGAGAUACCAGAAUGGGCUCUGGCAUUCGCCGAUAAUCGUCGAUGAACAAGAAGAUGUUCCGAUGUGGAAUCCUGUCUUAUACAAACUUCCAUCAGGGGAGCUGUUGCUGUUCUACAAGAUAGGGCUAGAUUUUCAAAGAUGGAGCGGAUGCAUGAAAAGAUCUUAUAACCAAGGUGUCAGCUGGUCUGAACGAGAACAACUUCCACCAGGCAUAUUAGGACCAAUCAAGAAUAAGCCUAUCUUGCUUGAUAAUGGACACUUGCUAUGUGGAUCCUCAGUGGAAAGUUGGAAUUCUUGGGGUGCAUGGAUGGAGAUCACUCCAGAUGCUGGUAGAACAUGGAAGAAGUAUGGCCCGAUUUACAUAAAGAAUGAGAAUCUUAGUGUGAUCCAACCAGUUCCCUACAAGACUGCAAGAGGCACCCUUCGUGUUCUGUUACGAUCAUUCACUGGAAUUGAUCGAAUUUGCAUGUCAGAAUCCCAUGAUGGGGGCAUGAAUUGGGGUUAUGCAGAAUUUACUGAACUCCCAAACCCAAACUCAGGUAUCGAUGGGGUUAAGCUGACGAAUGGCCUUCUCAUAGUUGCUUACAAUACAAUUUCAAGGGGCAUACUCAAAGUUGCUGUGUCCUUGGAUGAUGGUGAUUCUUGGCGCGAAGCUCUAACCCUAGAAGAAAACUCAGAGAUGGAGUUUUCAUAUCCUGCUGUCAUCCAGGCUAGUGAUGGAUCGGUUCACAUUACCUAUACAUAUAACAGAACCCAAAUUAAGCAUGCUGUCCUUCAUGUUAAUUGACAGUGAUCCUGUUGGCAACGAUAUCCAGUACGUAAGGCAGUGUCAGCUUUGCUUUCUUGUCAUCAUUCUCAGAGGGGCAGUGAUUUUGAGUAAAUGUGAGCUUUACUUUCUCGACACCAUUCUCAGAAGAAUUUCUUGCGGGCAACCAAAAAGAAGGAGAAGGUUGUCAACUAGGGGUACAGUGUUGGACGGGUUCGUUAGACCUUGCUCAACAUUGUAUCGUGUGGCAUCCAUGUAAUGGAAUAUGGGGUGUGUUCAUGUUUCCCUCCAAUUUUUUUGCCUUGUGCUGUAUCAAAUUGCUGUAGAACCUCUGAAUGGUCUGGAUUUAAUUGUAUAUUUCUUUCAGUUUCACUGGAUAAACAAAAAAAAAAUGAGAAGUAGAAGGGACAGGAAGGUGCAAAGUCUGUUUCAUGUGUAUAUCAAACUGGGAAAGGGGAAAAAACUUACACUCUGCCUUUUUGGGUAAUUUGCAAUAGCGUGAGAAAUUUUGGGACAAGUCCAGAAUUCAUCCCCUUGUAUGGUUCUUGCAUUUGGAACCUUAAACAUUUAUUUUGUCCAA